AUGUCUUCCUCUCUCGAUCAAUUGAAGGCCUCCGGCACCGUUGUCGUCUCCGACUCCGCCAUCGGCCAGUACAAGCCCCAGGAUGCCACCACCAACCCCUCUCUCAUCCUCGCUGCCUCCAAGAAGCCCGAGUACGCCGCCCUGAUCGACGAGGCCGUGCAGUACGCCAAGUCCAAGGGCGGUGACGUCGACCACCAGGUCGAUGCCGCCCUCGACAGCCUCCUCGUCCAGUUCGGCAAGGAGAUCCUCAAGAUCAUCCCCGGCAAGGUCUCUACCGAGGUUGACGCCCGCUUCUCCUUCGACACCAAGGCCUCCGUCGACAAGGCCCUUCACAUCAUCGAGCUCUACGCCGAGCAGGGUGUGCCCAAGGAGCGCGUCCUCAUCAAGAUCGCCUCCACCUGGGAGGGCAUCAAGGCCGCCGAGAUCCUCCAGCGCGACCACGGCAUCAACACCAACCUGACCCUCAUGUUCUCCCUCGUCCAGGCCAUCGCCGCCGCCGAGGCCGGCGCAUUCCUCAUCUCCCCCUUCGUCGGCCGCAUCCUCGACUGGUACAAGGCCGCCAAGAAGCAGGAGUACACCAAGGAGACUGACCCCGGCGUCAAGUCGGUCCAGGACAUCUUCAACUACUACAAGAAGUUCGGCUACAAGACCAUCGUCAUGGGCGCCUCGUUCCGCAACAUUGGCGAGAUCACCGAGCUUGCCGGCUGCGACUACCUCACCAUCUCCCCCAACCUGCUGGACGAGCUCCUCAAGUCCCAGGAGGCCGUCCCCAAGAAGCUCGACGCCGCCGCCGCGUCGAGCCUCGACCUCGAGAAGAAGAGCUACAUCAGCGAUGAGGCCCUCUUCCGCUUCGACUUCAACGAGGACCAGAUGGCCGUCGAGAAGCUGCGUGAGGGUAUCUCCAAGUUUGCCGCCGACGCCAUCACCCUCAAGGACAUUAUCAAGCAGAAGAUCCAGGCGUAA